AUGGGUAUCGACUUGAAGAAGGGCGGUAGGGUAAAGAAGCCCGGACGCAAGGCCUUGGUUAGCAAGGACCCCUACCUGCGUCUUCUGGUGAAAACCUACAAAACUCUCGCUCGUAGGACGACGAGCGCGUUCAACCGCACGGUUCUGAAGCGUUUGUUGAUGCCCCGACGCUUUAAGGUGCCCAUCUCCCUCUCGAAGUUGAUCAAGCACAUGAAGGGCAGGGAGAACACCACUGCCGUUGUUGUAGGCACAGUUACAGAUGACUUGAGGGUCAACGAGGUGCCCAAGUUGAGCGUGUGCGCUCUGCGUAUCACCCGCACCGCUCAUGCUCGUCUUUUGAAGGCAGGCGGUGAGGUUCUGACCUUCGACGAGCUCGUUGCUCGUUCCCCCACCGGUUCCAAGUGCACGCUUUUGCGUGGUGCCACCAAGGCCCGUGAGGCCGAGAAGCACUUCGGCAAGGCCCCUGGUACCCCUGGGUCAUCUACCAAGCCGUACGUGCGUUCCAAGGGCCGCAAGUUCGAGAAGGCGCGUGGUCGCAGGAAGUCUUGUGGUUUCAAGGUGUAA